GCCCGCGGCCCCGGGGCCGGCCCCUCUCGGGCUCCCGCUCCCCGCGCGCAAGAUGGCUGACCCGGCUGCGGGGCCGUCUCCGAGCGAGGGCGAGGAGAGCACUGUGCGCUUCGCCCGCAAAGGCGCCCUCCGGCAGAAGAACGUGCACGAGGUGAAGAACCACAAAUUCACCGCCCGUUUCUUCAAGCAGCCCACCUUCUGCAGCCACUGCACCGACUUCAUCUGGGGCUUCGGGAAGCAAGGGUUCCAGUGCCAAGUCUGCUGCUUUGUUGUGCACAAGCGGUGCCAUGAAUUUGUCACCUUCUCCUGCCCAGGAGCUGACAAGGGUCCAGCCUCUGAUGACCCCCGGAGCAAACACAAAUUUAAGAUCCACACCUACUCCAGUCCCACGUUUUGUGACCACUGUGGGUCCCUGCUGUAUGGGCUCAUCCACCAAGGGAUGAAAUGCGACACUUGCAUGAUGAAUGUCCACAAGCGCUGUGUGAUGAACGUCCCCAGCCUGUGCGGCACGGACCACACGGAGCGCCGCGGACGCAUCUACAUCCAGGCCCACAUCGAGAGGGAAGUCCUCACUGUCGUUGUAAGAGAUGCUAAAAACCUCGUACCUAUGGACCCCAAUGGCUUGUCAGAUCCCUACGUAAAACUGAAACUGAUUCCUGAUCCCAAAAGUGAGAGCAAGCAGAAGACCAAAACCAUCAAGUGCUCCCUCAACCCUGAGUGGAAUGAGACAUUUAAAUUCCAGCUGAAAGAAUCUGACAAAGACAGAAGACUGUCUGUAGAGAUUUGGGAUUGGGAUCUAACCAGCAGGAAUGACUUCAUGGGAUCAUUGUCAUUUGGGAUUUCUGAACUGCAGAAAGCUGGUGUUGAUGGCUGGUUUAAGUUACUGAGCCAGGAGGAAGGCGAGUACUUCAAUGUGCCUGUGCCACCAGAAGGAAGUGAGGGCAACGAGGAACUGCGGCAGAAAUUUGAGAGGGCCAAGAUCAGUCAGGGGACCAAGACUCCAGAAGAAAAGACAACCAACACCAUAUCCAAAUGUGACAACAAUGGCAACAGGGACCGGAUGAAACUGACUGAUUUUAACUUCCUGAUGGUGCUGGGGAAAGGCAGCUUUGGCAAGGUCAUGCUCUCAGAGCGAAAAGGCACAGACGAGCUGUAUGCUGUGAAGAUCCUGAAGAAGGAUGUGGUGAUCCAGGACGACGAUGUGGAGUGCACCAUGGUGGAGAAGCGGGUGCUGGCCCUGCCCGGGAAGCCCCCAUUCCUGACCCAGCUCCACUCCUGCUUCCAGACCAUGGACCGCCUGUACUUUGUGAUGGAGUAUGUGAACGGGGGUGACCUCAUGUACCACAUCCAACAAGUUGGCCGGUUUAAGGAGCCUCAUGCUGUAUUCUACGCUGCAGAGAUCGCCAUUGGCCUGUUCUUCUUACAGAGCAAGGGCAUCAUUUACCGUGACCUGAAACUUGACAAUGUGAUGCUGGAUUGUGAGGGCCACAUCAAGAUUGCUGAUUUUGGCAUGUGUAAGGAAAACAUCUGGGACGGGGUGACAACUAAGACGUUCUGUGGCACUCCAGACUACAUCGCCCCUGAGAUAAUUGCCUAUCAGCCCUAUGGGAAGUCUGUGGAUUGGUGGGCAUUUGGAGUCCUGCUGUAUGAAAUGUUGGCUGGGCAGGCACCUUUUGAAGGGGAAGAUGAGGAUGAACUCUUCCAAUCUAUCAUGGAACACAACGUGGCUUAUCCAAAGUCCAUGUCCAAGGAAGCCGUGGCCAUCUGCAAAGGGCUGAUGACCAAACACCCGGGCAAACGUCUGGGUUGCGGACCCGAAGGCGAGCGUGACAUCAAAGAGCAUGCGUUUUUCCGAUAUAUUGAUUGGGAGAAACUUGAACGCAAAGAGAUUCAGCCCCCGUAUAAGCCAAAAGCUAGAGACAAGCGCGACACCUCCAACUUCGACAAAGAGUUCACCAGACAGCCUGUGGAACUCACUCCCACUGAUAAACUCUUCAUCAUGAACUUGGACCAAAAUGAAUUUGCUGGCUUCUCCUAUACUAAUCCAGAGUUUGUCAUUAAUGUGUAGGUGAAUGCAGAUUCCAUUGUUGAGCCUAGAAGGUCAGCCUUCAGGCCAAGUGUAUGUAUCAAUUCUAGUCUUCCAGGAUUCAUGGUGCAUAUGCUGGCAUUCAACACGCGGGGAGCUUGUCCUAGAGAGCUUUUCUUUGUACGUGUAGCUUGCUAGUUUGUUUUCUACAUUUGAAAAUGUUUAGUUUAGAAUAAGCGCUUUAUCCGAUUAUAGAGGUACAACUUUUCCAAACAUCCAGACACUCAUCAAAUGGACAGACAGUGUCAAAACUUCUGUGUCUGAUACCAAAAUGCUUCAGUAUUUGUAAUUUUUAAAGUCAGAAGCUGAUGUUCCUGGUAAAAGUUUUUACAGUUAUUCUACAAUAUCUUCUUUGAAUGCUAAGCAUGACUGGUAUUUUUAAAAGUUGUGAGUAAGCUUUGCAGUUACUGUGAACUAUUGUCUCUUGGAGGAGAUUUUUGUUUAAGAAUUGAUAUGAUUAAACCAAAUUAAUAUAUGCAACUCUCUGGUUUACAUGGCUGUUUUUAACUGGAGUCUGUGGCAUAGAGGUUAUGGGUUGGAGAUCCAUAGGCAAAUGAGGCCAGGAGAUGAACUUUGUUUCACUCACAUAGAAUUUUCUUAAUUAAACUCAUUGUCAGUGGUGAAAAAUGGAGUAGUUUAUAUAAACAUCUGAACUUUCAUAUUCACUUGAAAAAAUGAAAAGACUGACAGCACUGGGUCUACAUUCCCAGGUGGAAAUAAUUAGACAGAAUUGAGAAAUGGCUGUCUCUUUAAAAGGAGUAUAUGCUCUUGUUUCACCACAGUCUCCACCAUCCCCUAUUGUAUUAUGCCUUCCGUUCACUUCCCGGGCCGCUGUAGCCAUUUGAGGCUGAGAACCCUGCCAAUUAAAAGGCACAGGAUUGAUGACCACAAUAUUUUCUUGUGCCCAUAAUCAGGGUGGAAACUCCAGUGGUGUAGUGGUUAAGAGCUACAGCUGCUGACCAAAAGGUCAGCAGUUCAAAUCCACCAGGCACUCCUUGGAAACUCUAUGGGGCAGUUCUACUCCGUCCUAUAGGGUCGCUAUGAGUCAGAAUCGACUCAACGGCAACGGAUGUUUUUUGUAUAAUCAGGGUAUCUGAAUCGCCAGCUAGUCAACAUGGCUAAUGUUUAUUAAAUCCUCAAGUAUCAAGGGCAUAAAAUUUUCAUUCCGGCCAUGACAAAAGUCAGCAAGGAGCCUGGUGUCAGUACAGAGAGAACACUUUUCCAUGGUCUAUGAAGAUGUCACUGUUUGUAAAUCUACCUACUUUUUGCUAUUUUCUCCUAAUUAAGUUUCUGCAAAAAAAAGGUGAAUGCCCUUUCCCAACAGCCAUAGUUGCCUCGGAAGACCAGAAGAAUUGGAGAAAUUAAGGGAGAUAAAACAUGUUGGCAUGGUAAGGAGUCUCCCUCUCUCACUCUCAGAGUAGCAUGUUACUGAAUCACUGGGUGUCCGCCUGAUUCCUUUUUCUCUGAAUGAAGUCAUGCUUCUAUUUUCUUUUUUGAAAGAUGUAGUAAUCCAGUCUGUAGCACAUGCAUUUGCAGCUGCUAAGGCCAGUGGGUAGGAGAAAAGAGCCAACGUGCCAUACCAAGCACAUUAAGACUUUCCAGCAUUCAUUCAUCUCCUCCCUUCUUGGAAGAGUCCCAGUAAAUGGAGCGUUGGGCAGAUACAAUGGAUCCAUUGAUCCUAAUGCGCUCAUCUUUCCAGAAUUUUAGAAAUUCUUCCAGUUAAAAUCAGUUGUAAAAAUGAUGUGGCAGAGGCAUCUGACCUCCUCUAACUUCAUGAGGGAGAGAAAAAAUCACCAUCAGCGUCAGCCCAAGGCUGACUCCUAUGAGGUGGAGGUCAAACAUACCUCCACCCUCCAACCUUUUUACCAGUUCUGACACCAGCUAUCCCACCCACAGCAUUCUU